AUGGCCUCGUCCAAAUUUCUUCCCCACGAGGAGGGGAAUCAUCGCAAAAUCCGAGUCGCCAUCAUUGGCGCGGGCAUCUCUGGACUUGCCGUCGCCAACGGCUUGCUGAAGGACCCGGCCGAGAGAUUCGAUGUCCAGGUCUUCGAACGCGACACGAUUGCAUUCGACUCAGAGCGUGGCGGGUAUCAGCUCCGCAUCAGUGCCAACGGCCUAAACGCUCUGAAGACAGUGUCCGACCUUGAACUUUGGUCUUCGAUCCGCGAGGUUUGGGACGGUGAUCAAGCGGCAGCGCCUACGAUUGUUGAUCCCGACACUUUCGCGGUUCGCCUACGCCUGGGCGAUCUCAAGUUGUAUCCCAAGAGUCAGGCCAUACCCAGACACGGACUGCGUGGUGCUCUCCUGCAGCCGUUGCUUGUUCAAGGGCGGGUUCACUUCAAACAUACCUUCACGCGCUUUGAGCUCAUGCCGGGUGAUCGACGCGGCGUGCAGCUGCAUUUCGACGGCCAGGCUUCACAGGAUGCCGAUAUUCUUAUCGCAUCAGACGGUAGCGGCAGCCAGGUCAACCGGCAGGUUGGCCUCGAGAACAAGAUCAAGCUACAGACCCAGACCUUGAUCCAGUCUCGCGGCAUCAUUUCACGAUCUGUACGUGAUGAACUACCCGAGUCGCUCGUCAAAUCUGGCUCGGUGAUGUUCUUGGGCGGCACGGACGCUACUGGAUUUGCAUCCGUUUAUGACCCCAAGAAGGACCUAGGUACCGGCGGCACAGAGUCAUACACGUUGUUCUGGUCGAUUCUUGUACCCAGAGCUCUGGGUGACGAUUUGAUAGCGAAGGCCGGUUCGGAUCCUCAGAAGAUUGUUCCUCACCUCAUAGACUAUGUACGAAACGACCUGGGCUACGGCAAACCUUUGGAACUCAUCAUGCAAUCGGCGACAGACUUUAUCCGGACAGGCCUUGUGACCAGCUCCGUCAAGCCCAAGACGGAUUGGCGAAACGGUAUCGACAAGAAUUCGCGAGUGAUCCUUCUCGGUGACGCCGUGCAUCCCAUGACGCCGGGUCGAGGCAUGGGGGCAAACCAGGCACUGACUGAUGCCGGCAAUCUUGUCGAUCUUUUUCACCAAGCAAUAUUCGAGCAGGUCGUGCCGUCUGAUGGUGAGCUUGCCGCUUUAGUACGCACAUUCGACGCAGAGAUGUACACGCGCGCAUUCAAGAUGGUGAAGGCCAGUGAGACCGUAACUACGCUGAACUUGACGACGGUAUCGGGCAAGAUGAUGAUAAGUUUCAUCGGAAUGGCUAUGGCCGCGAUGGGAUGGUUGGUUUCAGCCUUGGAGACUGUUGGCUUGAAAGCCGAAGUAAAGGUAGACUAUGUAUCACAUGAGAAGUAG